AUGGAAUCUCCGAAGCCAGAAACGCCCAAGCUGCCGGAUAUGGUGAAGUUGAAAUUGCGCAGAAUGUGCGGAGACCACCCGUCCGUCACGAAGACGGAGCUAAACGUAAAAGAGGGAGCCCUCGAGGACAAUGAUAAGAGACCGUCCUCGUCCUUCGCUAAACUUUCACCGACGCCGUCUCGAACGGAGAGGUCGAUAUUAUCAUCCGAAAUGAGAGCGCGCACAAUGUCGGAGCACGCACUACGCGCAAUGGAGGCACGGCGACGCACCGGCACGGAGGCACAUCAACGUUCGGAUGGCGACCCUUUACACGCUAAUCGUGCGCUCAUACAAGCGGCGUUGGGCAGUUUCCGUUGGCCGCCAUACUUGGUGUGCGUGUGGGUGCUGGUGCUGCUGGUCUCCCAUCUCCUGCACUGCCUCGUGGGCAUCCUGGAGAGGGCCUUGCCCGCCAUCUACAAAUUCUGCCAAUACUUCCGAGCGUGGACAGAGGACAGUUGGCGCAACGAGAGCGACGUCAACGGCCGCCUUUAUCCGAUCGGUCUCGCGUGCGUCACCGGCCUUCUGUACGUCCUCUAUUGCGUCUUGUAUCUGUUGUACUCCGUGACCUUGUGGGCCGUGGAACCGUUGUGCACGGACACCGAAGAGAAGCCGAGCACCUUCGAUGUGCCCAAAAUAACCAACUACAUCGACGAAAUACACAGCAAAACGAACGCAACAAUUAAAUCUUGA